AUGGGUCACUUGUCCAUUCCUGCUGCUCACGCCAUCAUAUGGCCUACAUACGGUGUCUUACUGAUCACUGCCUCGAUGGUAGCGUACUGGAAGAGGGACUCCAAGACUUUCUUGUCCGCGAACGGUACCCAGAAGGCUAUCCCGCUGGCUUUCAACUUCGUCGCCUCUGGGCUGGGUUGUGGUGUCCUGUCAACGUACCCACAGAUUGCUAACCUGGACGGUCUGCACGGUCUGCUGGUCUACGCUCUGGCCGGUGGUCUGCCAAUGUUUGUGUUUGCGUUCCUAGGACCACUUAUCAGAAAGAAGACUCCCAGCGGGUUCGUUUUGACCGAGUGGGUCUUCCACAGAUUCGGCUUGCUGUGUGGCUGGUACCUGAGUGCAUGCACCAUCCUGACUGUGUACUUGUUCCUGGUCAGCGAAGUGGCCUCCUUGAAGUACGCCAUCGACACCCUGACCAACAUCAACUCUCUGCCUGUCAUCAUCAUUGAGUGUGUCGUGACUACCAUCUACACAUCCAUCGGUGGUUUCCACAUCUCUUUCAUGACAGACUCCCUGCAGGUCAGCAUUGUGUUCAUCCUGCUGGUCAUCGUCGCCGCGGCAAUGGGUAGCCGUAUCCACAUCGACAGAGACUUGAUCGGCCCAUCGGGACUACUGAAGGGUAACAAGCUAGGUUGGCAAUUGGUCUACAUCCUAACAGUGGCCAUCUUCACUAACGAUUUCUUCAUGAGUGGGUUCUGGCUAAGAACCUUCGCUUCAAGAUCGAACAAGGACCUGCUCAUCGGCUGUUCCUUGGCUUGUUUCAUUCUAGUCACUUUCGUCACCGUGGUCGGUGUCACCGGUUUCAUCGCCGUGUGGGCGGGCCUACUGCCAGCCAGAGACCAGGAGAACUCCGGUGCCGCGUUCUACCUGCUGCUAGCUCAACUGCCUUCCUGGAUCAUCGGCUUCACACUGGUCUUCGUCGCCGUGCUGUCCACAUGUACCUUGGACUCCUUGCAGAGCGCCCUGGUCUCCACCAUCUCCAACGAUGUCUUCAGAAACAAGCUGCACAUCAUGCUUGUGCGUGGUAUCGUGGUCGCCAUCAUGGUCCCCGUCGUUGUGGUCGGUUUAAUCGCACAGGACGUGCUAAGUAUCUACCUGAUUGUCGACCUGCUGUCGUCCAGUGUCGUGCCAGUGCUAGUGGUGGGCCUGUGGGGCAAGCUGGACGAAAUCUGGAGCGCCUGGGAAGUCAUCGGAGGUGGCUGCGCUGGUAUCCUCGGCGUGUGGAUUUUCGGUACCGUGUACUACCACUCCGCUAAGGAAGGUGGCAGACUGCUGCUGAUCUCCAACGGCCUGUACGCCGACGACUGGGGCGCCUUCGGCGCCUUCGUGGUGGCCCCAGGUGCCGGUCUAGUGUGCUCCGUGAUUAUCCUAGCCAUCAGACUAUCGCUGAUGAAGCUGUACAAGAAGAACCCAGAGGGCAGAUUCCACCGCACCUGCAACAAGCUGGGCCAGGUCACCGGCAUCACCAGGCUGUACCACUUCGUAAACUACUGGGACAGCAGGCUGAUCGACCGCUCCGCCACCGAGGAGCUGCCUUCCGACAUCUCGCUGAGAUCAGACGAGGAGGACAACAAGAAGAGCAUGGAGAGCAUCCGCGUCCAUGAGCUAUCGGAGAACAACACCAACGAGCACGACUCGUAA